UUGCUCCUCCCCCCGCAGCGCCAGGUCUCGGCUGAGCGAGCGAGAGCGAGCUGAGCCGGUGUCUCGGCCGAGUGAGGGCAGCCGCGCCGCGCUACCGACCCCGACCGCCGGUUCUGUCGCUGCUGCCGCCGCCGCCGCCGCCCUGCGCGUCGUGACCCGCGACCCCAGACUCCGACUCCUUUUGGCCUGGCCCGCGCGCCCCAGGCCCGGCCCGGGCGGCGCGACGGGAGGAUGAGCGGCGGGCGGCGAAAGGAGGAGCCGCCGCAGCCGCAGCUGGCCAACGGGGCCCUCAAAGUGUCCGUGUGGAGCAAGGUGCUGCGGAGCGACGCGGCCUGGGAGGACAAGGAUGAAUUUUUAGAUGUGAUAUACUGGUUCCGACAGAUCAUUGCUGUAGUCCUAGGUGUCAUUUGGGGAGUGUUACCAUUGCGAGGUUUCUUGGGAAUAGCAGGAUUCUGUGUGAUCAACGCAGGAGUCCUGUACCUGUACUUCAGCAACUACCUGCAGAUAGAUGAGGAAGAGUAUGGUGGCACGUGGGAGCUCACCAAAGAAGGAUUUAUGACAUCUUUUGCCUUGUUCAUGGUUAUUUGGAUCAUUUUUUACACUGCCAUCCACUAUGACUGAUGGUGUACAGACGCCACCUGCUCUCUGUCCAGUCCAAAGGACCUUCAUAGUUACAGCACAGAAACCUGAUUGUAGGGGCACCCCAGCCACGUGGAACCUAGAAGACCCAUGUUUCCUGGACUGAGAAUCAGUGUGUUGGGCAUCAGUGUUUUCUGCAAGGGUUGUGAUCUGAAACUUUUUAAAGAACCAUCCGCCUUUUGGGGAAGCAUUUCUGAAUUGUCCAUCACCAACCAUUUCUUGGAUAUCAUCAUGAAACACCUGUUUGCUGAUCGGAGCUGUCGUUUAAUUUGAUGCACCUCUGGAUCCAGAUGAAACAUUAAAUUGUCUUCCUCAUUUCUC